UGGAUACUUUUCCUUGGUAGUUUCGCCACCGACGAUAGAAGAGGCGUGCCUGAGUCGGCAAUCCGAUUAUAAAUACACCCAUUCGGGUUAGAGCUUCGUAUUCAAUCUUAUCACUUUCUCGUGAACGAAAAAGCCCUCUUUCCCUCUCUCAAGAUGCAGAUCUUCGUCAAGACCCUCACCGGCAAGACCAUCACUCUCGAGGUCGAGAGCUCCGACACCAUCGAUAACGUCAAGGCCAAGAUCCAGGACAAGGAAGGCAUCCCACCCGAUCAGCAGCGUCUGAUCUUUGCUGGUAAGCAGCUUGAGGACGGCCGUACCCUUGCCGACUACAACAUCCAGAAGGAGUCUACACUCCACCUCGUCCUCCGUCUGCGUGGAGGCAUGCAGAUCUUCGUCAAGACCCUAACAGGCAAGACGAUCACUUUGGAAGUUGAAAGCUCGGACACCAUCGACAACGUCAAGGCCAAGAUCCAAGACAAGGAAGGCAUCCCACCUGACCAGCAGAGGCUGAUAUUCGCGGGCAAACAGCUGGAGGAUGGCCGCACCCUGUCCGACUACAACAUCCAGAAAGAGUCCACCUUGCACCUGGUGCUGCGUCUGCGCGGUGGCAUGCAGAUCUUCGUCAAGACCCUCACAGGCAAGACGAUUACCUUGGAGGUCGAGAGCUCAGACACCAUUGACAACGUCAAGGCCAAGAUCCAGGAUAAGGAAGGAAUUCCCCCAGAUCAGCAGCGUCUGAUCUUCGCCGGAAAGCAGCUCGAGGACGGCCGAACCCUGGCCGACUACAACAUCCAGAAGGAGUCCACCCUCCACCUCGUCCUCCGUCUGCGCGGAGGCAUGCAGAUCUUCGUCAAGACCCUCACAGGCAAGACGAUUACCUUGGAGGUGGAGAGCUCGGACACGAUCGACAAUGUCAAGGCCAAGAUCCAGGACAAGGAAGGAAUUCCCCCAGAUCAGCAGCGUCUGAUCUUCGCCGGAAAGCAGCUCGAGGACGGCCGCACCCUCGCCGACUACAAUAUCCAGAAGGAGUCGACCCUCCAUCUGGUGCUCCGUCUCCGUGGGGGUAUGCAGAUUUUUGUGAAGACCCUCACCGGCAAGACGAUCACCUUGGAGGUGGAGAGCUCGGAUACAAUCGACAACGUCAAGGCCAAGAUCCAGGACAAGGAAGGAAUUCCUCCAGAUCAGCAGCGUCUGAUCUUCGCCGGAAAACAGCUUGAGGAUGGCCGCACCCUCGCUGACUACAAUAUCCAGAAGGAGUCAACCCUCCAUCUGGUGCUCCGUCUCCGUGGGGGUAUGCAGAUUUUUGUGAAGACCCUCACCGGCAAGACGAUCACCUUGGAGGUGGAGAGCUCGGAUACGAUCGACAAUGUCAAGGCGAAGAUCCAAGACAAGGAGGGAAUCCCACCCGACCAGCAGCGGCUGAUUUUUGCCGGGAAGCAGUUGGAGGAUGGCAGGACCCUUGCGGAUUACAACAUCCAAAAGGAGUCUACCCUCCACCUGGUGCUGCGUCUGCGUGGUGGUAUGCAGAUAUUUGUGAAGACGCUGACGGGGAAGACUAUCACCCUGGAGGUAGAGAGCUCGGACACGAUUGAUAACGUGAAGGCAAAGAUCCAGGAUAAGGAGGGGAUUCCACCAGACCAGCAGCGACUCAUCUUCGCUGGGAAGCAGCUCGAGGAUGGGCGCACGCUGGCCGACUACAACAUUCAGAAGGAGUCGACCCUGCAUCUUGUCCUCCGUCUCCGUGGUGGUGAUUUCUGAAUAUCUUCCUAUCUGUCCUGAUGCCUUGGUUGGUCUGGGUUGGUGAGUCUGUCUGUGGUGGUCGUGAGUCUAUGGUUUGGUUGUUAUAUGGUCUAAGAAGUCUCUGUUUUUAGUAGUUUUUUCUUAAAAAGUUUGUGUGUUUGGAAGAAGUAUGGAAUCUAAAAAGGGUUCCCUAUUCUAUGGACAAGUAGAUCAUUAGUGGUCUAUCUAUGUUGAUAUUAAUAUGAAGUCUCUAGUUAUUUGAAUAAAAGUUAGCUCUUUCGGUAUGGGUA